AUGGAAGCCGCGGCGAUGGAAGCCGCGGCGACCGAGAUUGCGGAAGAUGCACAGUCCGCGAUGCAAGGGUACUUGCUGACCGCGAUCGAGUACGAUGACUCGAUCUCACCAAAACUCGCUUAG